CCUGCAAAGCAGCCUGCUGGAGGCUCAGCAGCACAUAUGGGAGCUGGAGAUGGCCAGGAGCCGUGUGGAAGCCCAAGUGCGCAGGGCCAGGCAGGCCAAGGAGGCGAUACUGGAGGAUGUGAGGGGCCUUUGUCGUGAGCUGCUGGCUGUAAGAGCUCUCAGCCAGCAGCAACGUGAAGACAUGGCUGAACAGCUCCGCUGGGCACAAGAGCAGUGCUGCAAGGCUCUGAGAUUGUGGCACUCUGCUCAGGAAGAGGAAAAAAGGAAGCUCAUGCAAGAACUGGAGAGACAACUGGAACAGCAGCAUGUGGAGGCACAAAAGCAGCUGGAGGAACGGGCAAACCUCCUGGCAGAGGUGCUGCAGGAAGAGCAGCGUCAGAAGGCUGCUGUCAUCCACAGGGUGUACCAGCUGCAGAGAGAGCUGAAGCAAAGUGAGCAGCUGAGGCAGGAGCUGAAUGAGGAGUGGCAGAAUGGGCAGAUGAGCCUGAGUAGGCAGGCAGAGCUGCAGGAAGCUGAGAGGAAGAUGAGGGCAAUGGAGAAGAGGCACCAAGAGGAAAUGAAAAGGAUGCACAAGGUCCUGCUGCAGUACAAGCUGGCUGAAGAAAAGCAAGGGUUUGUUCAGGUGAGCAUGGUGACCCACACAGAUUCUGAACAAGUUCUCCCUGUCCAUGGUGACUGCAGUCCUCAGAAUGGGGUGGAUGUAGGAUCUGCCAUCGAAGCUGCUGGUGCAGCAGCAUCCUGCCAAGAAGCCUCCUCUCUGCAGCCUGAAAACUGGAGUAUGAGCAGCUCUGCCCGCUCAAGCCAGGAGAGAGAGAAGCAGUUCCUGAAGCUGCUGAAAAAUCAGCUCCAUCUCAGAACCCCACCAACACCAGCCAAGCGACAUCUCUGGGACCUUCUGAGAGAGACACUCCAGCAAGAACUGCUCAGGAACAAGAAAAGAUCCUUCCAUUGCCUCCACAUGCUCUGCAACAAGCAACCAACCAGACUACUUGAGAAAAUACGGAGCCAUUGUCUCCUUGGAGCAACGCCAGCGCUACAAGGAUUACUUCAAUGCAGAAUAUGAGGAAUAUCGGAAUUUAUAUUUUAAGAUUGACAAGACCAUCAAGAAGUUCAGACAUUUUCAGGAACAAUGGAAGUCUGUGACUCCAGGCUCCAAAGCCUAUCAGACGCUGUGUCAUUGAGUCCCAGCAGAUUAUCAGCAGUUACAACAGCCCCAGCUACUCUGAAAUGAGGAGCAGGUGCCAGUACCUCCACAAGAAGCUGGCCCAUAUUUAGAGCUGCAUUUCUGAAUUUGACCAGCAGUGAGUGGAGUACUGGCACCAGACAUCUGCUUCAACAGAGGAACAUCUUUGAACUCAGGAUUUUUCAUUUCAACGGAAGAUUAGGGUUUUUAGGAUUUCUAAAAUUAGUACAGAAGAGUAGGUUAUGUUAGUACUGAGCAGUAAAUGAUUUCUUAUAAACGUACGAUUAGUUCAAAGAAUUUAGGAAGUUUAAGUUGAAGUUGAAAUAUGAUUGUAUUGAAAUUUAA